AUAAUCAGCUGAACAUAUGGCGUUACCUCCUAGUUUAGCCCCAGUCCAAUUAACUUCUCUCUAACCUCGACCAUCAUCAGCUCAUACAGCCUCAACUUCUUAAAAAUAAAAUACAACCCAAACCCCUAUUAAUAAACAAACUCAUCCCAACACACACUCACUACUAGUAGAGCCAAAUGCCGCCACCACUACCCUUCCCCUACCCGCUCCGCAUCGGCACCGACCUCUGCCGCAUCUCGCGCAUCCAGCGCAUCCUGCAGGGCAAGAACGGCCCGCGCUUCAUCCACCGCGUCCUGGCGCCCGAAGAGCUGGUGCACGUGCGCCCCGUCAUGCGCGCAGUGCUUGACGACGCGGUCAGGGGGAGUGUUGCAAAGGCGGCGGCUGGUUCUGCGGGAGGGACCGGGGUGAGGCGACCGAUAUCGCCCACCACUCGGGAACGGGAAUUAUGGGGCAGGGAAUGGGAAGGUGGCGGGAAGCUGGAGGUUCCAGAGGAGGAGCAGCACCGUCAUGAUGAGUCUUACCUGCAGGGGGAAAGGAAGAGGGAUGGGUUAUCAGGGGAGGAGGGGGAGGAGGGAGGGUUCGGGUUGUACAAAUCCGCGGCUACUUUCUUGGCCGGGAGAUGGGCAGCGAAAGAGGCCGCGUUCAAGGCGCAUCCGCACCUGAGGCUAGGCUUCCACGACGUGCUCAUCCUGUCGCCUGCGGAGAUGGAAGCGCAGACCGGGGACCAGCCGCUCCAGCAACAGGCGUGGCAAGCUAAGGGUGCGCCUGUGGCGGUGAUUAAGCCGGGUGAAGGGAGGAGGGACCAGAUCGCCAUGGUCAGCAUCACUCAUGAUGGUAACUACGCGAGUGCGGUGUGCAUCGGGUUUGAGUCUGGUCAGGAGGGACGGGAGAGGGAGCAGAGAAGCGGUUGGUUCCCACGGCUUUCUCGACUAUGGUUAUGAUUCUGAAGGGAACGGUGGCAGGAAGGUUGGGAGGAGGUUGGCUAGUUGUGGGCUGGCGUCUGCUUGAGCAGCG